AUGUCAAACGGGCAGUGGAAAUCUGCUGUCGCCCAGAAAGCAAGCUUUGCCGAUUUAUACAACCAAAAGGACCCGCGUGGCUAUCUUACAACCUUGGCGCCCCUGCAAUACACAAUCCCGCAGCAGGUACUGCCUUUGUUCCAGCGACUUCACCAACUAUCUUGUCAGGGGACGGCCGCUUCCGCAAUCUUAGACGUGUGCUGCUCAUACGGUAUCAAUGGAGCUCUGCUCCGACACCAUGUCGACAUAGAGACAUGGACAGCUCAUUAUACGGACUCAAAGCUCGAUUCUAAGCAUCGGGUUCUGGCUGACAAGGAGUUCUUUGCGAGUCGAGAACGAUCUCCCAAGCCCGUGGUCUUAGGACUUGACAAGGCAGACCAUGCUGUUCGCUAUGCCUUGGAUGUCAGCUUAAUCGACGCUGGUUGGGUAGAGGAUCUGGAGGCCAAUGAUCCUUCUCCGGGGCUACGCGAGGCACUGCAGGGUGUGAGUCUCAUAAUUUGUACGGGAGGCGUCAGCUACCUAAGCUCUCGAACUUUCGCUCGCAUUAUUACUGCAGUGGGUAGGUCAAGCAACCUCUGGGUCGCUAGCACUGUGAUUCGGACCUCCUCCUACGAAGAAAUAGCGACCAAAUUGAGAGGGCACGGUCUUGUGACCGAGAGGCUUCCAGGCGUCGUGCUUCGUCAGCGCCGCUUCGUUUCUGCCCAGGAGCAGAGUGAUGCUGUUUUGCAUGUAGCUGCACGUGGACUGGAUCCGACUGGCUUUGAGGAAAUGGGCUAUGUAUGUGCCGAUGUCUUCAUAUCCCGACCUGUUGAGGACACGUCAAGGCCACCUAUAGCAGAGCUGAUUGCGGGCCUGGGUGAACUCUAG